CUCUUGAUGGCAGCACAGCUGUCACGGCAGCGAGCGAGCAAUGCUCAGGAGCAGAAUAUGGCUGAGAACGCUUUUGAGGAGAUGACAAACGAACAGCAAGACGAACAGACAUCUUUUAUACCCAUAGAAAAACUAGAACAAGCUGGUGUGAGCUCCGGAGAUAUAAAGCGAUUGAAAGAGGCUGGAUUUAACACUGUCGAGCGAAUAGCUCAUGCCAUGCGGAGCGAAAUUGCUAAUGUUAAGGGGAUCAGCGAGCAGAAGGCGGACAAGUUGCUCGUAAGCCUUUCGCAAUCUUGCUGA